AUGGGAAACACCGGCGUCCCCUCUGUGGAUAAAAUAUCCCAUGGCCAGUUUGUCGAUUGCCUCGGGAGAUAUGCGUCGUGCAUCAAGGCUAUAUCCGCUUCGAAAGGAGUCAAACCCGGCCAAAAGUCGCUUGCCGAACUUGACCAGUAUCGCUAUGGCGAGGCGCUGGAUACCUUUGCUCUUGGCAAGACGGGAUCCGCCAUGGGCCUCGACGACGUCAAGGUUCUAGUCGAGUGGAAGCUUCGCCACGGAAAGUUCAGACCGACUCUGAUGAAAUUAGUUUCAUCAAAUGAGCCGGAUGCAACCAAGAAAACCAUCCAGAAGGCCUUCAAGCACUACCAGAACAAGACAGACGUGGCCGGCGCGCUCAGCAUCUUGACCCAGCUGAAAGGUAUUGGCCCGGCGACUGCUUCUCUGCUCCUCGCAGUUCACGAUGCCGCAAACGUCAUCUUCUUUGCAGACGAGGCCUUCUACUGGCUGUGCUGCGGUGGGUCAAAAGGGCCCAUCAAGUACAAUCUCAAGGAGUACAGCUCCCUGAACGACAAAGUACAAGCUGUGGCCAAGCGACUCGAUGUUAAAGCUGUCGAUGUGGAACGCGUCGCAUUUGUUCUCAUGCGGCAACAUGCCGAAGCUGCCUCGGCUAACGGCCGCAGCGGUGGCGGCGGACCGGACUCGGCGGUGCCCGCCAGCGACGCUAAGAAGCAGCCCGCCAAGAGAAAGACCCCGGAUGAUAAUAGCGAUUCUAAGACGCCUAUCCGACGCCAGAUACCCGAACCACUCUUCGGUCUUUUACCCUGCCUUUCGGCGUCGGCAAAGGAGCGUGGUGAGAUGCGAUCGUUUUCAUACCAGGACCCCUUCCCCCUGCAUCACCGGUUUAUGGCUCUCAAGGAGGGCUUGUCAUCUACGAACGAGACCGCUCUCAUCCAGUCAUGGCAACAGCUCCUCCAUGAUCUAUCAGAGGAGGUGGAUCUCAUAUCAUCCAAGGGGUCUGGUAUUGUGCCCACCAUCGACUUUGCCAACAUUGCGAAGCAAGAGCAGGCUGAAGGCUUUCUCGCCGACCUUAAGGAGAGGGGUGUUGCAAUCAUCCGCAAGGUAGUUCCACAGGACACCGCUCAGCGCUGGAGAAGGGACGCCAUAGAAUAUAUCGGGCAGAACUCUCGCCAAGCAAAGGCCAUCGUUCCGCCAGACGACCCUUCCCACCCUCAGCGGCUCUGCGAGCUCUACUGGAGCGCCGCACAAACCGAAGCCCGAGCCCACCCCAAUAUGUUGGCCGCGCAGAAAUUCGCCAUGGGAGGAGCCUGGACGUCAAGAGACCCCGGAGCCAAAGUCACCACCAACUUCCCUAUCACGUAUGCCGACCGAAUGCGGAUACAAAGGCCGGGGAGUGUGAAGGGCGCUCUUGCUCCCACCAUUGGUGCACACGUCGACGGCGGCAGCGUCGAACGGUGGGAACACGAUGGCUACGGUCGGGCAGGGACAUACCGAGAGAUUUUUCAGGGUCGCUGGGAAAACUACGAUCCAUGGGAGAGUAGCACCAGAAUAAGCGUGACGAGCGACCUCUAUCGCGGAGCUGGGACCUGUUCUAUUUUUCGUAUGUUCCAAGGCUUGCUGGCCAUGGGGGACAGCAGCGCCAGCAACAACAACAGCAGCAACAACACCACGUCUCCUCUGCCCCACAAGAACGCGAGCUUCCGAGUGUGCCCUAUGCCGCGUCUCGCCACGGCUUACUUCCUCCUACGCCCCCUCUUCUCCCUCUCGCCAUCCACAGGCACUUGGACCCUCGACCGCCCUCAAAACAGCAUCCUCCACGGCGCCGUGCCCAGCUGCCCCCAGGCCAUCAACUCUUCAAUGCAUCCGCACCUGCAGCUUGACCGCAGCCUAGUAGCCCUACCGCCCCUCGACCCGGGCGACUACGUAAUAUGGCACCCCGACCUCAUACACGCCAUCGACGGCCGCGGCAGCGACAGCCAUAAUAACGACUGGAUGAACUCCGCCACGCCAACACCGCCGCCGUGCCCGUCCUUGCACCUGUACCUGCCAGCCUGCCCCCUGACGCCGAUCAACGCGCUGUACCUAUCGCAGCAGCGCAGGGCCUUCAUGCGCGGCCACCCGGGCCCCGACUUUGGCGGCUGCCCCGCGCCCGAGUUGUCGUUGUCGUCCGGCGGAAACGGCGGCGACCGCAGCCCUGGUCUCCUCAGUGGCGGCGGCCCCGACGCCCUGCGCGCCAUGGGCCUGCUGCCGUACGACGAAGAAGACGCCGACACGGACGCCGAGAGGGCCGUCCUGGCCGUGGCCAACGCCAUUCUGUUUCCAGACUUGUACGAUAUGUUGUAA